CUGGAGAGCUGAGCCUGUGCAGCUCCGGCCCGCACUGAAACCUGUUACCAGCUCCUGCCGCCUCUAUUGUGAGCCGGGAGCCCAGGUUGAGCCGCUGCUCCUCCCGUGCGGGGUCUGUGCGGGGAGAGCCCUUCCCUAGCGUCCCUCUGUGCCGGGGUGGGAAGGAAAAUAUCUGUCUGUUCUGAUUCAACAUCCCCACCUGCAGUGUGAGAAUUCUGCCAACACACAUGGGGGUUUGUAAUCCCCCGGUCCUCCAGCUACCGGGAUGGUGGGGGGAGAGAGACAACACAAUCUUUGGGAAGAAGAAAACAAGCAAAACUGUGUCUUUGUUUUUAGGAAGGAAACACUCCGCAGUAUUCUUAGGCCUCCCCCAUACCCCCUGGAGAAGCACAAAAGCGCACAGGCCCUGAGUCGCCUUCCCCUCUCAUAGGCCUGGUCUACACUACGAGUUUAGGUCGACUUUAGCAGGGUUAAAUCGAAUUAAGCCUGGACACGUCCACACGACGAAGCCCUUUCUUUCGACUUAAAGGGCCCUUUAAACCGGUUUCUUUACUCCACCUCCGACAAGGGGAUUAGCGCUAAAAUCGGCCUUUGCGGGUCGGAUUUGGGGUAGUGUGGACGGAAUUCAACGUUAUUGGCCUCCGGGAGCUAUCCCACAGUGCUUCAUUGUGACCGCUCUGGACAGCACUCUCAACUCAGAUGCACUGACCAGGUAGACAGGAAAAGCCCCGCGAACUUUUGAAUUUCAUUUCCUGUUUGCCCAGCGUGGAGAGCACAGGUGACCACGCAGAGCUCAUCAGCACAGGUAACCAUAAUGGAGUCCCAGAAUUGCAAAAGAGCUCUAGCAUGGACAGAACGGGAGGUAUGGGAUCUGCUCACCAUAUGGGGAGACGAAUCAGUGCUAGCUGAACUCCGUAGCAGUAAACAAAAUGGCAAAAUAUUAGAAAAGGUCUCAAAGGCCAUGAAGGACAGAGGCCAUAACAGGGACGCACAGCAGUGCCACGUGAAAAUUAAGGAGCUAAGGCAAGCCUACCACAAAGCCAGAGAGGCAAACGGAAGGUCUGGGGCAGAGCCGCAAACAUGCCGCUUCUACGCAGAGCUGCAUGCCAUUCUAGGGGGUGCAGCUACCACUACCCCAACCAUGUGCUUUGACUCCGUCAAUGGAGAAACACGCAACAGGGAAGCGGGUUCGGGGUAUGCAGAAGAUGAUGAUGAUGAUGAAGAUAGCUCACAGCAAGGAAGUGGAGAAACUGGUUUCCCCAACAGCCAGGAUAUGUUUAUCACCCUGAACCUGGAACCAGUAACCCCCGAACUCACCCAAGGCAUGCUCCCAGACCCUGAGGGCACACAAGGGACCUCUACUGCAAAUGUUUCUCCUUCGCAGAGGCUAGCGAAGAUUAGAAGGAGAAAACGGCGGGCUCGGGAUGAUAUGUUCACGGAGCUCCAGAUGUCCUCCCACACUGAAAGAGCACAGCAGAAUGCGUGGAGGCAGUCAGUGUCAGACUACAGAAAAGCACAAUAUGAACGAGAGGAGAGGUGGCGGGCUGAAUCGCGGGCUGAAGAUGAUAGAUGGCGUCAGCUUGCAGACAGAAGGCAAGAGUCGAUGCUCCGGGUGCUGGAGCAUCAAACUGAUAUGCUCCAGCAUAUGGUUGAGCUGCAGGAAAGGCAGCAGGAGCAGAGACCGCCGCUACAGCCCCUGUGUAACCAACAGCCCUCCUCCCCAAGUCCCAUUGCCUCCUCACCCAGACACCCAAGAACAUGGUGGGGGGGUCUCCGGUCACCUAGUCACUCCACCCCAGAUGAUUGCCCGAGCAUCGGAAGGCUGGCCUUCAAUAAGUGUUAAAGUUUUAAACUGCAGUAUGUCCUUUUCCUUCCUUCCUCCCCCACCCCUCUUGGGCUACCUUGGCAAUUAUCCCCAUAGUUGUGUCAUGAAUUAAUAAAGAAUGCAUGAAUGUG